AGCUGGGCUGUGCGCCGUUUGCCUGCGGGCGGUCGAGGCAUGGGGACUCCGUCGGGCCUGCAGACGGAUUGCGAGGCGCUGCUCAGCCGCUUCCAGGAGAUUGACAGCGUCCGCUUCGAGGACUUCACUGAGCUCUGGAGGAGCAUGAAGUUCGGGACCAUCUUCUGUGGCAAAAUGAGAAAUUUAGAAAAGAACAUGUUUACAAAAGAAGCUUUAGCUUUGGCUUGGCGAUAUUUUCUACCUCCAUACACCUUCCAGAUCAGAGUUGGUGCUUUGUAUCUGCUAUAUGGAUUAUAUAAUAGCCAGCUGUGUCAACCAAAACAAAAGAUCAGAGUUGCCUUGAAGGACUGGGAUGAAGUUUUAAAAUUUCAGCAAGAUUUGAUAAAUGCACAGCAUUUUGAUGCAGCUUAUAUUUUUAGGAAGCUACGACUAGACAAAGCAUUUCAUUUUACAGCAAUGCCUAAGUUGCUUUCAUAUAGAAUGAAGAAAAAAAUUCAACGAGCUGAAGUUACAGAAGAAUUUAAGGACCCAAAUGAUCGUGUAAUGAAACUUAUCACUUCUGAUGUGUUAGAAGAAAUGCUGAAUGUUCAUGAUCAUUAUCAGAACAUGAAACAUGUCAUUUCAACUGAGAAGUCCAAGCCAGACCAAGCCCUCAGCUUGAUAAAGGAUGAUUUUUUUGACAAUAUUAAGAACAUAAUUUUGGAGCAUCAGCAGUGGCAUAAAGACAGGAAGAAUCCGUCCUUAAAAUCUAAAACUAAAGAUGGAGAAGAAAACAGAGAAGAAAGUUCACGAGAUUCAGAGAGAUGUGAAAGGGCAGAAUCAUUAGCAAAAAUAAAAUCAAAAGCCUUUUCGGUUGUUAUUCAGGCAUCUAAGUCAAGAAGGCAUCGGCAAGUCAAACUUGACUCUUCUGACUCUGAUUCUGCAUCUGGGCAAAUACAAACCAAAGCAAGUAAGAAAAAAAGAACCAAAGAAACAUCAAAAUCAGCAGGAAGGAGGAUGUCUUCUCGAAGCAAAGAACUGGGAUUUGAACUCAGGUCCUCACGCCUGCCUAGGCAAGUGCUCUUGCAGCUUGAGCCACUCCACCAACCCUCAAAACUGAGACUUGUGUGAGUGUGUCUGAAUCCAUGCUUGAAUCAUUCACUGCUGUGUGUCCUGUGUAAUCAUUUAGCCUUUGACUGAUGGUGCAUGCCUCAGUUAGCUUUGAGCAUGAUGAAACUGUCCACUCGGUAGCCUUUGAGUUUUUUUGUAUACUUGAGGUUAAUGACUUAGAUGUCAAAAAACUUUAAACUUGAUUUUGUUGAUAUCUUUCUAAAAUACAUUCUUUUGUUUUAUGUUUCUUAUUUUCUGCAGGAUUUAGAAAAUACUUUUAUAUUUAGAAAAACACUAUAAGAAAAUUAUUGUGUACUCUCAUUUUCUAUAGCACUGUAUCCUGAACAUAUUUAAUUUUCUCCUGUUUACUCAUGGUAUCAUCAUGAACAUAUUAUUUUCCUGGUUUUUGUAAUAAUGAUCCUCUCAAGAAAUGUCAUAACUGUGGGGGAGCAGUUUAUUUUAUUAAGUGACUCCAUGGCUGCAGUACUUUAUCAGUUUUAUGCCUUUUUAAAAACAAAAUGCAAAAGCAGUUUUUUCUGUGACAUUUACUAUAGUGGGUGUCUUUCAGUUGCAGGCAUGCAGCAACCUCCCCCCUCAUUAUUUUGGUGGUGCUGAGGUUUGAAGUCAGAGCCUUGCACUUGUUAGGUAGGUAGUCUACCACUUGGUCCAUGGC